AUACUCCGUCGAACGAACUUGAUUGCAUCCUUAGCAUCUGUAAUUGCGUAUACAUUACACAUUACACAGAAUGUGACAUUCUGCUUGUUCUCUUAUAGCACAGGGAGUAACGUUUGAGAUUUCAAAUUUGUUUCUAGAAAAGUUCAGGGCAUUUACUCACGUUAUUUCACGUCAAUAUCACAAGUCAUAACUCAAAACGAAUUCAGAUCGAUUUCUCAGCUGCUGUAGUGAAAAUGCUUCUAUUGGUAGAACUCUGAAUUUCCAUAUACUUUUCUAAGGAAAAACUCUUCCUUCUCCCAACCUUAAGGCCUUAUAAUAUAUUUUGUCCUUAUAACCAUGUCUUUCGUAAGGGUUUAGUUCUACAUUGCAAGACAGACAUAACAGAAAGCUGCAACUUAGAUUUUACUUCAUGUUAAUCUAUCUUUAAGAAGAAAAAGUUUGUUGUCAUGGGUGGCUCUGUUUUUUUCUUCGUGGAAUCAAAAUCUUUUGAGUUUUCAGUAGAGGAAGGUGGUAUGUUUUACCAGCUGCGUAUUUACGAGAGAGGCAGAAAUUCUCUAAGAUCAAUAUUUAUGGGAAGAGGUAGUGCAAAGAGACUGCUGUUCUAUGUGGAAGAACUGAUCUCUGGGCAGUCUAGUGGGCAGUUUGCAAGAUCUUGCCGUGAGGGGGACAAAUGCUUUAUUCUUCAGUUGGGUUCCAACUCUCACGGAGCUUUCUUAUUAAUUUCGGAACUCACUCAUGGUCGUCGUAAGGGUUCUAUAGUGGUGCCUGAAGGAAAGACGGGGAGUGGCUGGAGAGGUUUUGGGUUACACCUGAGGAAGGUGUUAGACCCGGAGUCUCUAGCUCCCAAGCAAGCUAUCACAGGUAUUUUUACAGAUGCCUCAAAAUCCUUUGCGUCGGUGGUGGCAGGGAAUCGGAAUAACAACGGGGGUGGAGGUCAUAAAGGGAAGAAAAAAAAUGUAUUAAUUCAAAAUACAAAUCCUGAGCAACCUGGGGUGAAGAGUCUGUCAGGCUCCAGCCGUAAUAACAGUGAGGAAAGUAUCCUAGGACAGAGGGAGCCUCCUGGGGUGAAGAUUCUGUCAGAAUCCAGCCGUGUUAACCGGGUUACCUGCAAGGAUAGUACUCUGGGUCAGAGAGAUCAAAUUGGGGUGAAGAUUUUGUCAACGAUAGAUGGGAUUGAAGAUAAAGGCAUUAAAGCUGAGUUGACUUUGGAUAUGUUGCUGCGUUUGGAGCGUGGGUUAGAUGGGAAUUGGGCUUUAGUGUGGUCUGAAGUUAAGGAAGUGGGCCCAAAAGUGGUGCAUCCUAAAAAGCCCACUAUUCAGAAUGUUCAAAAGGUUAAUACCUCCGGCCCAUUCAAAUCUGUUAAGCCCAAACCUGUUUGGAGGCCUCGCCAAAGUCAAUCUUUGGCAAACCCAGUCCACAGGCAGUGGGGUAAUACUGAACUCGUAGCCUUGGGUGUGCGUGAGUCUCGGGUUCUGCCUUCGGGACAAGUGGUUGCGAGCUCGAGUGUCAAUGGGUCGUCGCCGAUGAGAGUUUUGGACACUCUGGUGACCGGAAAAGAGUCGGCGUCAAGGUGUAGUUUUGUUUUAGGCUUUCCCGACUCCGGCAAGGCUGUCUUUUCUGGGUUCUCGGGCUCCGGUGCCGAGGAAACUCAGGGAUUAGGCAGGUGGGAUGCUGGGUUCACUGGGGAUUUGGUGAUUACCUCGGCAGUGGCUGGUUUUCAGCCUCCGUUAAUGAAAGAGGGGCCGCCGUUCUUGUGUCGGCAACCUUGGGUGGAUCUCAAUAAAUUUUCCCCCCUCUCAGGCGUGGGUUUUGGUUUGGAAGCUGAGGUUGGGGAAGGGGAAGCUCAUGAAGCAGAACAGAGUAAUGGAUUAGUGGAUUGUGAUGGGGAUUUUCAGCCAGAGUUUGGGCUGCAAAUUCUCCCAUGGGAAGCCAGUGGGGUGGAUGACAGUGGUUGUGACUCUAGUGAGAAGGAUAAUUGGGUGUUGGAUUGUGAACCUUUGCCUCAAUGUGAUUCUUUGCCUCUAGACUCUAUCGAGGGAACACAGGUGAUGGAGUCUAGGCCACCUUCGUAUUGGGUAUCUCAAUUGAUGAAAAAAUUUUGUAAAAUGGUGGGCUUCCCUAUAGUGAAACAUGAAGCUCAAUGUUUGGCUCUGUUUCGCAUCCUGGAACAGGAAUGUCUCAAGGUGAAUGAUGCUGGGGUGUCUAAGCAAUCUGCAAACUCAAGGACGAGAGGUCUCAGGGAGCUUAAGGGGCUUAUUUCUUAUGUUAAUUACGAUGGAGUUUCUGCAAGAAAAAGGAAGAGGGGUGCUGAUUGUCUUAAAUGACUCUACGACUAUUGUCUUGGAAUGUAAGGGGGCUUAACAAUCCCCGUAAGAGAGUGGUUUGGACUGCUGCCCAUGGUCGGAUCCUCACUUUGGAUAACCUAAUGCUUAAGGGUCGUCCUCUAGCUAAUUGGUGUUGUAUGUGUUACUCUGAUGGAGAGUCGGUAGACCACCUUCUUCUUCAUUGUCCUAUUAUACAUUCCCUAUGGUCUUUCAUGCUUCAGGCUUUUGGUAUUCAUUGGGUUAUGCCGGUUUUGGUGGCGGGUUUGUUAUCUAGUUGGCAUCAAUGGCUUGGGAAGCAUAAUUCGGAAAUUUGGAACUUGGUUCCAGGGUGCUUAAUGUGGAUUGUGUGGUUGGAGCGAAAUCGUCGAUCUUUUGAAGAUAAAGAGAAAACAUUGGAGGAGUUAAAGAUUUUAUGCCAACGCAGUCUAAUGGAGUGGUCUCAGUGUUGGGGUUUUACUGAGUGUUCUUCCCUCUCUGAGUUUAUGCCUUCCCUUAGCUUAGUUUCCUGACUUCUCUCUUGCUAUUGUGUUGUGUAGUGUUGUGCUGUGUUGCUGUUUUAUUGCUGUUGUGUUGUGUUGUUGUUCAUCAUCAUGAA